GCAUCAUCUGAGUUUAACUGUUGAUUGCAUUGUUCUCAUAGUUUCCCUUAGGGAUUCAUUCAUGUAGAAUUUGGAGCUGUGGUUUGACAGAGGCUGGAAGUAUUCCCCAGGGAGGGUUAAUUGGUGCAUGUGGACAGGACACCCUGCCUCACAUGAUGGAGAUUAUAACGAGGCCUCUCCCAUAGUACAUGGCACAGAGUGCUGGGCAAGUGCAGGAGGUACUGGAGCUAUGGAGACAGCUGCAGCACUCAGGGGAGAAGCAGGCCACAUGGGGGGGAGAGGACGCCGGCCCCGUGCCACCGCACUGGCGACCCUCAUCUUCCUGUUACUGCUGUGGGGAGUGGUGCAGCUGGUGCACCAGGCAGCAUCCCCCUAUGGGAGACUGGCUGGGAGGCCCCGCCUGCGGAGAGAUGCUGACAAUGAUUCGCUAUGUAUCGUUUCACCGUCAUCCGAGUUUCCCAAAGGAUUUUUCACAGAUCAGGAGAGAAGAGAAGGAGGGAUCAUCAUUCAUUUCAUAGUCAUUCUGUACAUGUUCCUAGCUGUGGCCAUUAUCUGUGAUGACUAUUUCAUCCCAUCCCUGGAAGUCAUUAGUGAACGUCUUGGCCUCUCCCAGGAUAUUGCUGGAGCUACUUUUAUGGCAGUAGGGAGUUCAGCACCAGAACUUGUCACCACAUUUUUAGGUGUGUUUGUCACCAAAGGGGACAUUGGUCUCAGCACUAUUGUUGGAUCUGCUGUAUAUAAUCUCCUUGGGAUAUGUGCUGCUUGUUGCCUAUUAUCAUCUGCGGUAUUAAGGCUGUCUUGUUGGCCUUUAUUCCGUGAUUGUGUUGCGUAUGCAAUCAGCGUAGCAGCAGUAAUUGCCAUAACAUCUGACAAUAGAAUUUACUGGUAUGAAUCUGCUUCAUUGAUUUUGAUAUAUGGGCUCUACAUUGUAAUGUUGUGCUUUGACAUAAAAAUUAAUCAGUACAUGGUGCGGAAGCUAAGUCCUUGCUGUACGUGUCUUGCCGAUGCGUUGGAAGAAAACACGGAGCAGCAGCUUUUGCUUGGAUGGAAGGAAGAGAGCAUGCGGACAGUUCGCCAACACUCCCGAUCAGACAGUGGCAUUUUUCAGGAAGACUCUGACUAUUCUCAGCUAUCAAUCAGCUUGCAUGGACUAAAUGAAAUUUUUGAAGAUCCUCCAAGUGUUUUCACAAUGCCUGAUAAUGAUUUUAAACGAAUUCUGUGGGUUCUUUCCCUGCCAAUCAUUACUCUGCUCUUCUUGACCGUACCUGACUGCAGAAGAAAAUUUUGGAAGAAGUGGUACAUUUUGACCUUUCUCAUGUCAGCCGUUUGGAUUUCUGGAGUUACCUACAUUCUUGUUUGGAUGGUGACAAUAGUGGGUGAAACAUUGAACAUCCCAGACACCGUGAUGGGUUUAACAUUACUAGCUGCAGGAACAAGUAUACCGGACACUGUUGCCAGUGUGCUUGUGGCAAGAGAAGGUAAAGGAGACAUGGCUAUGUCAAACAUUGUUGGCUCAAAUGUAUUUGACAUGCUUUGUUUGGGAAUUCCUUGGUUCAUUAAGACAGUGUUUAUAGACCGGUCAUCCCCGGUGGAAAUCAACAGCACUGGACUAACUUAUACCAUCAUCUCUCUUCUGUUCUCCAUCAUCUUUCUAUUUAUAGCGGUUCAUGUAAAUGGCUGGAAACUCAACAAGAAACUGGGUGUAAUAUGUCUAAUAAUGUAUCUCGUUUUUGCCACACUGUCUAUUUUGUAUGAGCUGGGAAUUAUAGGAAAUCUAGUAAUACAUUCCUGUGGAGUCUAAUAAACUGACUGGACAAGCAAA